GUUCCAAUUAAUACUUUCUUUUUCUAUCUAUAGUGUUCUUUGAGUGCUUCCAUUCGAUAUUAUUUAGCCAGAUUUUCUGCUCAUUCUGAAUACCAUCCUGCAUUUGGGACAGCUAGAUUCGAGCUGUAUAGACUUAGUCCUAUUGGAUUCGACUUGUACAUUUCCAAUUGGAAUUCUUUCUUUUUUAUAAACAAAAACAAAUCCAGUCAGAAGAACGUCUCAUGCAUAUAUAGACGGUGACUCGCGUACGCAAGGUACCACUGAACUUAAAACUUUGCGCGACUGAUCUUUGCGUAAAUAUCCUGUCUCUAUGAUACUCGCUUAGUGAACCAUGGAUCCCUUUGAGUACCAUUUCUGGAACCAAAUCGAAAAACUGGUGGGACCCGUCCCGGAGAACAUCAAACACCUGCUGCAGUUUUCCUGCUUCUGCAACUCCUCCAUAGCCGAUCUGGACGACGAGUUGAUCGACCAGAUCGAACAGGAGGCUCGCACUAUCCCCAAUGUGCUACGCAUAUCCACGAAUGAAAAACUGAUGAAGAAAUACUUCGGAGUGUACUGCCAUACGCCGAGCGAGUUCCGGUUUCGGUCCGGCGAACGACGCAUGAUGAAGAACAUAGCGUUGGCCGUGCGACGGAAAGGCCUGGACAGCUUUAUUCAAUCGCUGCGGACCACCGUUCAUCACGUUACAGAGCCACCACCCCGACCAGUCGUUUGUCCGCAACUGCAGAACUACGACCCACAGACCUUGCGGCAGAUGUUGAGGGAGAAGGUUCUGAACGCUGUCACCAACAACCAAGCGGAGAUCCUACCGGACUACCUGAAAGUCAUUCAGGACAAUCUGGACAUUCAGGUCGUGAUGGAGCAGGGUAUCCCCGAUGCGUACGUCUUCUGCCCGUUGUGCAGUACGAAGGCAAAACUAUCGAAAGAUCGAACCGGAAACAUUAUAGUUUCCAAUUAUACGCUUCACGUGCGCAAGUAUCACGGGUUCGGGCCGAUUAGUCAUAGCGUGAAGCGGAAAGCCGAGGAUUAUGGUCCGGCGGAGUAUAUUCCCGAGCACAUAAUGGACCCGAUGAUCAAGGAAGAACCGGACACCAGUGGAUAUGAGCAAAGUUCCUCGUCUUCGAAUCCGUAUUAUCCUAUCUAGAUUUGUAUUAUUUUAAGCUUGGAAAUUAUAUUAUUAUUCAGUCGAUGUCGUCCAUGCAUACCACGAAAA